CGCCCGUCGAGGAGCGCCGUCCGUCCGCAGUCGCGCGGCUCUCAGUCUGCCGCCACCCGUGCUCCGCGAGGGUCGCUCGACUCCUCUCCCGCCGCCACCGCCGCCGCCGGGCCGUCGAGGGUGCAGUGCUCUAGUCCGGAUCAGACACACACAGACAACAUGCGGUCGCUGCUCGUGUGUACUCUGGUGGCGCUGGCCGCUCACAGCUGCGACUCACAGCAGCACAAGCGGAACAUCGGCGGCUUCCAGCCGGCUCCGGUGGCGCUGGGCAAGUGUACCACCUUCGAGGGCAAGCUCGGAGUCUGCAAGCGCAUCCAGGACCUACAGGGCAACUAUGCCGACGUGGCGCAGGCUCUCAAGAGUCCCUGUAACACCCCCUGCAUCAGCAGAGGAGUGUGCUGUCCGCUUGGCUCCGCACAGUCCGCCGCGACGCCACGAAAAGGCCCCGGUCUCAUCGUGUACGUCGAGCCGCCGCCGGUCACCGUGCGCGUCGAACAGCGCGAGGUGGAGAAGGCCGCUAAAUUCGGCGCCAGCGCGCAGACUCGGCGGCGCCAGCAGGACGCCCAGCUGGUACAGGACAACAUCGUGGUGUCACCGCAGGAGCCGGCCUUCAGUCACAGGAAGCUGCAGCAACCCACCCGCACCGCGCUGAAGAAGAUGAGCGGGGCAGAGGUGGCGCUCUCCGCGUCGAAGAUGAUCGCCAUGGACCAGCACCUGUCCCCACUGGAGUCGGUCGCUGGCCUGGUGAAGGUCACCCUGCGGAACACCAGCCUCGAGGAGACCUGUGAGAAGCCGCUGCGGUGUCGCGACUCCAAGUACCGCACCAUUGACGGCAGUUGCAACAACCUGCAGCACGGACACUGGGGCAGGGCCGAGACGGCGCUGCAGAGGAUCGGAAUGGCCGCCUACGCUGACGGUCUGCUGGAGCCGCGUCGUGCCACCGACAACAGCGAGCUGCCAUCGGCCCGCGUGGUCAGCAUGAUCGUCAUCCCGGCGCACCACGCCGAGAACUCGCGACACAGCAUGCUGCUCAUGCAGUACGGCCAGUUCCUCGAUCACGACAUCACGCACACGCCCAUGAUCGAGACCGAUAACGGUGUGAAGAUCAGCUGCUGCAAGUACGGUGUAAAGGUGCGUGACUCAGAGAUCCACUCGGAGUGCUACCCCAUCGAGAUGCCGCCCAACGACCCGUUCUACGCGCCGUUCGGAGAGCGCUGCAUGGAGAUGGUGCGCUCUGUGUACGCGCCCAGGCCCAGCUGCUACAUGGGACCCCGGGAACAGAUGAACCAGAUCACGGCCUACGUGGACGGCAGCAACGUGUACGGCUCCACCGAGCACGAGAUGAUGGAGCUGCGGGGUCACCGCGGCGGCCUGCUCAAAUCGCGGCCCGUCCAUGGCCACCCCUACCUGCCGGCCGACUCCUUCACCUGCAAGGACGUUAAACAGCCCGAGCAUACCUGCUUCAAGGCCGGUGAUGAGCGGGUGAACGAGCAGGUGGACCUGGUGUUGAUGCACACCCUCUGGAUGCGCGAGCACAACCGGCUGGCUGCGGCUCUGGCCUCUGUGAACCCUCACUGGGACGACGAGAGAUUGUUCCAGGAGGCACGCCGCAUCGUGGCUGCCGAGCUGCAGCACAUCACUUAUAACGAGUUCCUGCCCAUCGUUAUCGGCGGUCGACACAUGGAGAAGACGAAGCUGCUGGCGCCUCUGAAGAGCGGCUUCUCCAACAACUACGACCCGACCAUCAGCGCCGGCAUCACCAACGAGUUCUCCACCGCCGCCUUCCGCAUGGGACACACGCUCAUCCCCGACAACAUCAUCUCGAUGUCGCGAUUCGGUAAUAAGGAGAAGGUGACGCCGCUGCACCGUACACAGUUUACACCGUUCGACCUGUACCGAAAGGACGCCUUCAGUGGCCUGCUCAGAGGCCUGCUCGAGAUGCCCAGCAUGAAGUUCGACAACGCCUUCAGCAAGGAGCUGCUGGGUCGGCUGUUCCAAUUCGAGGGCCUAUUUGGAAUGGACCUUGUUGCUCUGAACAUCCAGCGCGGCCGCGACCACGGCAUCCCGUCCUACAACCAGCUGAGGGAGAUCUGCGGCAUGAAGAAGGCACAGACCUGGAGCGACCUGGCUACCGAGAUCGACUCCGAGACCAUCAGCCGGUUCGCGCUGCUGUACAAAUCGGUCGACGACGUGGAUCUGUUUAUUGGUGGCGUGUCGGAGCGGCCGGUGGAGGAUGCCCUGGUCGGACCGGUGUUCAGAUGUAUCAUCACGGACCAGUUCGCGCGUCAGAAGGCCGGAGAUCGCUACUUCUACGAGGAGGGUGGCCAGACGGGCUCCUUCACACUCGACCAGCUGAAUGAGAUCAGGAAGGUGCGACUGUCGCGGGUCAUCUGCGACAAUGAUGACCAGAUGGAGUGGGUACAGCCGCUCUCCAUGAUCAAGCCCGACCCCAACACGAACCCACGGACAUCCUGUCUGGACACCGGCGUGCUGCCGGUACUGGACAUCACCAAAUGGGCCGAGUGACCGGCACCAGCGGCACCAGUGGCCCUCUGACUGUCCAGGGACUGCACCAGGACCUGUCUGUGUUCUGGUGGCGGUCCGCGGACCGGGCAGCGCAUGGCAGGACUGGGUUUGGGGAAGCAGUUGAUCUCUCAAGGUCCGGCAAGGUCGGCGAAUGGUUGAUAGAUGUGCUGGAUGAUGCCUUGCUUCGCAGAGCGAUGGGUGAUGCUUUAAAUGCGAGGCGUAAGCGGCGGCAGAGCCGCGGAUCAUGAAAGGUUUAAUUAUAUCUUGGUCAAGAUACCUGAUACUUCACUUCAUAACCUGUAUAUGACCUUGUGGGACCAAACACUAGAUACGGUGAAUGCUGGUAAUUAUCGGCGUGUAAUAACCCGUUCGUCUUCCAUGGUCGAGGAGCUGUGUAGAUGAAAUGUGGACGUAACCUAGGCACAGAAGUACACUACAUACGAGCGUCACUUUUAUCGUAGGCUGGUCUGAGUAGAUUACUGUGUAAUGUUGCUCCGUCCCAUUCCCUGUCUGCAAAUAUGAAUGGAUGUUAGAAUAUGAAUUUAUUCUUCUUAGGAGCCGAAGUGUCGUAUUACGGAAAGUGGAAAAGCGGAAUUCAGUGGGUCCACAUGACCACACAACAGGCAGUUGUGAUGAUUCACCUAUGACGAAUUGAGAUAUCGAUGAAUAUAACAAGUACCUGUG